GUGUGGAUGCUUCUCUGUCUACUUCUGUUGAAAACAGAGUGGUUUUUGUUGGAAAAGAAGCGGAAUCUCAGAGUUCCUUGGAACUGAAAAAGAAGCAAUUACUGGAGGAAGUUGAAGCCAUUCUUGUGCCUGCAGAAAAGACCCUUGUGCAAAGUGGUACUGAUGGGUCUCUCAGUUCUUUCAAGAUUGAAGUAAUUGAUGAUACUGCAAUGAUAUCAUUGCUUGGCAAUGGCUGUGGAAAGGAGUUGGGUUUUCUGGGUCCUGCUAAAUGUGUUGCACAGGGGAAUGGAAACAAGAACGCAAAAAAAGAAAUGAAUGGGAAAAAAAAGGCAAGAACCUCAGGAAGAAAGAAAAAAGUGGCUAAUCAUCUGGUUGAAGCUCAUAGCGUGAGUUUAAAGAAAGGGAAAGGAGCCAAGAUCUUUUACUCGAGGAUGGAGUUGGAGGCCAUGAGGUAUGUGAACGUGGUUGAACAAAAGAAACUGUGGAAAGAUAUAUACCGUGGACUUGGGCCAGUCGUGGCCAAGGAGUAUGAAAAUCUGGCAAGUGUUAAGCAUCAGAAGAACAUCCACAAUAACUUUGAACCUCACAAACGCUUUGAGAAGAUGGAAGUGCCACCUGGUAUUCUUGGUGUGGUUGCUUCAAGGGGAAGAUGGAAUCAAAUGAAUAUCUUUGUGCAUUGAAGAAUGGCCUAACACAAUCUGCAAAAGACCCAAUGUCCAACGUUCUCGACAUGUGUUUCUUCUUCUGUGUACUUAGGUCCUUGAUAGGGUUGUCUUGUGUACUACUUGUAUACAGUCCUUGGGAAGCAUUUUCAGAAAAUGUGGAUAUUGAAUUACAAAAGUUGGUGAAUAAUCAAACCCAAGAUGCAAGUCCCCUGGACCCUUUCUGCAGUUACAGUGCCACUGAUGAAAAUGGCUACCCAUUUCCAGAAAAAGAGUGUAGUGAAGAUGAUGACAGUGAUGAAGAUUAUGCUAGCAUUCAGAGACCUGCCUUUGUGGUUGAAGGAGAACCCAACUUUGAUUCUGGUUCACCAGAAGAUGGACUUGAAUAUCUUAGGCGUGUCAGGUGGGAAGCUGCUUGA